AACCAGCAAAAGAGCAUCAAGAUGUCAAUUCCAGAGCCAGUUGAGGCGUUCAUCAAGUCGUUCCACGGCUCAUACUUGGACAACAGCGUGGAUGAGCUCUACAACUGCUAUGAAUCCCAGUUUAACAGACUCACAGAGCAGUUCUAUAAGAAUGUUGCAUGGCCAUCACCAUUGGAGAUUUCCCAUCUCGUUGAUGAUGAUCAAGUGUUUUUAGUUUUGUACUCUGAGGUGUACUACAGACAGAUCUACGCCCGUUGCGACCCAUCGCUUGAGGACAGAACCGGCUCUUACAACAACUAUUGCAAUCUGUUCAACUUGUUGUUGAACAACGAGGAUGGGCCUGUGCCAUUUGCUCUGCCGUUGAAAUGGCUUUGGGACAUCAUUGACGAGUUCAUCUACCAAUUCAACGACUUUGCCAUCUACAAGAACAAACUCAUCGGUAACAAGGAGAAGUGCGAUCCUGUCGAAUUGGAGUACGUGUUGGAGCACAACGAAGUUUGGAGUGCAUACUCAGUUUUGAACGCAUUGUACUCUUUGAUCUCUAGAUCUAAGAUCAUUGAGCAGUUGCAAGUGAACAAAUACCCAGGUGCAGUUCAAGACGUUUCCAUUGCUGGAGAGUUCGGUAUCUUGCCAUUGUACAGAAACUUGGGAUAUUUCUCCAUUAUUGGAUUGCUGAGAAUCCAUACAUUGCUCGGCGACUUCACAUUGGCUUUGAAGACCAUGGACUAUAUUGAGUUGGACAAGAAGGCCUUCUUCACAAAGAUUCCAGGCUGUCACUUCACCACCUACUACUACGUUGGUUUCUGUUACUUAAUGCUUCACAGAUACUCCGACGCCAUCAAGACUUUUUCCCAUAUCUUGUUGUACAUCUCCAGAACAAGAAACAUCUCUAAGGCUGGUCAGUACGAUGUCUUCUCAAAGAAGACGGACCAGAUGUACUCGCUCUUGAUUAUCCUUGUUGGCAUCUGUCCAACCAGAUUGGAUGACGUCCUCCACCAGGGAAUCAGAGAGAAAUUCAGCGAAAAGUACUACAAAGUCACAAGAGGUGGUGAGGAUGCCCUCCCAGUGUAUGAGGACCUUUUCAAAUUCAGUUCUCCAAAGUUCAUCUCCAUCACCACCAACGAGGUGAAGACCGACUCCUUGUCACAUCACUGGAAGAUCUUCUUACUGAAAGUCAAGCCAAUUCUAUCGGUGCAAGGGCUCAAACCAUUCUUGUCGUUGUACUCCAAGCUGGAAUUCUCCAAGUUGGCCAAGUUGCUUGACGUUGACGUUUCCACGGUGGAAUCCAUCUUGCGCACUUACAAGCUGAACAACAAGCAAUUGAGAUGGACAGAAGGCGAGCUGUUGCAAGGUGAAUUGGUGCCAAUCUACGACUUGGACAUUGUUCUCUACGAGGAGGAUGGUAAGCAGAUCAUCGAGGUCAAGGAGACCAAGCCUGUUAGAAAAUUCGCCAACUGGUUCGUCAGAAACACAUUGAAAAACUACGGUGUCCAGGAGAAGAUCAGAUCAUAAUCAUUGAAUCGAAAAGGUGUACAUUAAUCCAUAGCAAUCACGUUGAUAAA